AUGAAUACAAACUCGCAGGGAGCGGAGCAGACUUCGUUCACACGGUAUUCCGACUUGGAAAAAUAUGGCUGGACUGAGCAAGCUCUGGAAAUGUCUGAGGUUGAAGGCUCAGACAAUGGCCUCCUCAAAAGCCUAGGCAUUGAUCACUCGAAUAGUGAGUAUAUAUCAUUGGACCAGACUAUGGAAACGACUGUUGAUAACAUAAAAUAUGGAAAAACUGGUGGCUUCUAUAGAAGCAUCUACAGUCCACGGAAUGGGGCGUUGGUAGCAGUCAACAAUGUGAACCCAAAACUCACAGGGCGCGUGCAUUAUGCGAAGAUCAAGGGCAAUCCUAUGAAUAUUGUUCCACUCAACCGUUGGUCCGACGUGGUAUUCUUGGAAUGGCAGAAGUUAUGCAAAAAAGCACACGUGCCUGUUAACAGUUUAAAGUAUGUAAUCAGGUACAAUGUCGACAACAGUCCUACAGAAGAUGUCAUUCAAGAUGUGUUUGGAUUGAAUACGAAAGACUGGUCGAAGAUUUCACGUGGAAGGACAUUUUAUCCAGGCGAAGAGGAAUUUGCAGCUCUCCUAGGCACUCCGAAUGGCAGCGGAGUCGCUUAUAUGCUUAUCGACCACAAGGUCCAGUUUGGUCAGAUGAGAGUGAAGAGUAUCGCUGUGAAAGGCAUGAAGAUAGGAGGUGAAUGGUUUCCGUGGAUGAUCCAAAAGAUCGAGACAUUUGGAUAA